CAUCGGCUAAUUAUUUCAGAAACCCCGGGUUGUCAUUCUCCGCUCUCCUCAUCCGCUUGCUCCGGUGAAGGGAAUGAGUCCGCACCAAUCAAGAUUGGACGGGCAAAAUUCUUCUCGCUAGGCUGUGGAAUGAUUCGAUUCCCGAAGAGAGGACAGAAUUUGGAGAAAUCUUUGGAAGAAGGGAUGCUUGAGGUUCCAGGAAGGCAAGCUCGAAGCUUGAUCUUCGAGAAUGGAGGAGAUCAUGCGGAUGAGAAGCUGAUUUUUAGGAGCCAGGGAACAGGAAUGGGACAGCCAAUAGAAGAUCAGCAGAUUGGCUGGGUGCUCAAUCGAUCGGAGAUCAAAGUCCCCAAGUCUAGGUUUGGGAAGGAGGGUGCCUGCCCUAGGUGUGGAUCCGGCCAUUGUGGGCAGCACUCAGAUAUUGAGCAGAUGAAGGAGAAGUUCGCAAAGCUGCUUCUUGGUGAAGACAUGUCAGGAGGCGGAAAAGGUGUUUCAUCAGCUCUGGCUUUGUCCAAUGCCAUCACCAACCUUGCUGCUUCUGUAUUUGGUGAACAACAUAAAUUAGAACCUAUGGCGCCUGAGACAAAGAUUAAGUGGAGGAAAGAAAUUGAUUGGCUCCUUUCUGUCACUGAUCACAUUGUAGAAUUUGUUCCUUCUCAGCAAAUAGGAAAGGAUGGCACCAACAUGGAGAUUAUGAAAACUCAGCAGCGCAAAGAUCUUCUUAUGAACAUUCCUGCAUUGCGCAAGCUGGAUGCUAUGCUUAUUGGUUAUCUCGAUAACUUCAAAGACCACAUUGAAUUCUGGUAUGUUGAUGGAGAUGCUGAUGAAUUGCAGAAACGAAAUGUGCAGAGAACAGAUGAAAAGUGGUGGCUUCCCACUGUGAAGGUCCCUCCAAAUGGGCUAUCCGAGGUUUCCAGAAAAUGGCUACAAUUCCAGAAAGAAUCAGUUAAUCAAGUUCUCAAGGCAGCCAUGGCAAUCAAUGCUCAGGUUCUUAUGGAAAUGGAGAUCCCUGAAACUUAUAUUGAUUCCCUUCCAAAGAAUGGAAGGGCAUGCCUCGGAGAUACGAUAUACCGCAGCAUAACUGUUGACCACUUCGAUCCAGAGUACUUCCUCGCAUCACUUGAUUUGUCGACCGAACACAAUGUCCUUGACCUCAAGAACCGCAUUGAGUCCUCAGUCGUCAUUUGGAAGCGGAAGAUGCAUAAUAAGGACCUUAAGUCCUGGGGCUCAGCUGUCAGCUUGGAGAAGAGGGAACAAUUUGAAGAAAGAGCUGAAACCAUCCUUCAACUCCUCAAACACAGAUUCCCUGGUACCCCUCAGUCAGGCCUUGACAUAAGCAAAAUUCAACACAACAAGGAUGUGGGACAAUCUGUUCUUGAGAGUUACUCAAGGAUCCUUGAAACAUUGGCCUAUACUGUAAUGUCAAAGAUUGAGGAAGUUCUCUAUGCCGACGAACUUGCACAGGAUCCCAGUAAGAAGAGCUCAAACAGGAAGCUUUCUUUGUCAGAUUCAGAUCUAUUGUCACUGAAGAAUUUUGAUCCAAAGGAAGAGAUGGAGAAGCUGGCCUCCAUGGAGUCGCAGACCUCAUUCACGCUGUCGGACUAUAUGGGUUGGGCUGUAGACCUGAACUCAGAGGGCGAGAAGAAGGAACAAGGUAGUCCCGAGGAAAUCUUAGGCUCAGAAGAAUCGAAGUUGAGGAAGCCUCCUGUCUGUGCGACUCAUAAGAAAUUUUCUUAUAUAGAGAAGCUUGAGAACUUCGGAGGCUUGAGAAGUCCUAGAGCGCGCCAUUAAAGGCAACUACAGAGUAAAAAGGAGGAAGAAGAGCAGGACAAAUUGAGAGGAGAGGUUUGGUGGAAGUGAUUAAACGAAACUCUAAACUCCAAUGUAUAUGGCUCAGAGGCAAACAAGAGCCUUUUGGCUUAGAUUUGAGGGUGAAAUGCUUCUCUUAUCUUUCUUUUUUCUCUCCUAUUAGAUAAAAGUCUGAUUUUGAUGUGUUUUGAGCGAUUCUUUUUAUUGAAUACCCUUUCAUAUUCUUGAUGAUCGUCUGAUGAUCAUGUGUGAUCUUCAUUUCUAGUUCUAAAUUUGUUUUUGUAUUGAGCUCAAAAAGGCACCUUGCAUUCCCUUGUUUGUUU